AUGGGGCCUGAUGGGGUUCAUCCCAGAGCACUGAAGGAGCUGGCGGAUGUCAUGGCAAGUCCCCUCUCGAUCAUCUGCCAAAGGUCUUGGGAGCCUGGGGAGGUCCCCGCUGACUGGAAGCUGGCCAACGUUAUCCCAGUUGACAAGAAGGGCGUGAGGGAAGAUCCGGGAAACUACAGGCCGGUGAGACUAACCUCAGCACCUGGAAAAAUUACAGAGAAGAGCAUACUGGGUGCUAUUGAAAGGCAUUUGAAGGACAAUGCCAUCAUCAGGCACAGUCAACGUGGGUUCACAAAGGGAAAGACCUGUCUAACUACUUUGAUACCCUUCUAUGAUAAGGUCACCCGCCCAGUGGAUGAAGGGAAGGCGGCAGAUGUGGCUUUUCUGGAUUUCAGUAAGGCUUUUGGUCCUGUCCCUCACAGCAUCCUUCUGGACAAGUUGUCCAACUGUGGGAUGAGCAGGUUCACGGAGCACCGGGUGAAGAACUGGCUGGAGGGCAGGGCUCAAAGGGCUGCACUGAAUGGGGCUACAUCUGGCUGGAGACUGGUCACCAGCGGUGUUCCUCCGGGCUCAAUCCUAGGGCCAGUGCUGUUCAAUAUAUUUAUCAACGAUCUGGAUGCAAGAGCUGAAGGCACCGUUAGCAAGUUUGCUGACGAUACCAAGCUGGGGGGUACUGUUGACUCUCUCGAGGGACAGGAGGCCUCGCAGAGGGAUCUACGUAGCCUGGGGCAUUGGGCAAUCAUCAACGGCAUGACAUGUAACAAGAACAAAUGCCAGAUUCCGCACCUGGGACAGAGUAACACCAAGCACAAGUCUAAACUGGGAGAGGAGUGUCUGGAGAGCAGCCCUACAGAAAGGGAACUGCCUGAAUCCGGCAGAUACGAGCGGAAUGAAGAAGAUAAGGACCAAGGAGACAAUUCCAAGAGAAUGAGGUCACUCCAGAAGGCGGCCAGCCAAGCGACAGUGAAAACCAGUCCCGUUCCGCGGGUCCCGGCGGGGGACGCCGCGCCCGCCGACCAGCCGCGCGGCCCCGUCACGUGGCGGGGGAAGGUGCGGAGCGUUGCGGCAAUGACGUUUACCGGCGUAACGCCAUCCCCCCGCGCCGCCGCCACGCUGCAGCUUCCGGAUCCGGUUCCGUGCUGGCGGCGCGGCCCGCAACGGCUGCGCAUCACAGCGGUCGACUGCGGCCUCAAGUACAACCAGGUGCGGUGCCUGUGCGAGCGGGGGGCAGCCGUCACCGUGGUGCCCUGGGACCAUCCGCUGGACACCACAGACUUCGAUGGGUUGUUCAUCAGCAACGGCCCCGGGGACCCGCAGCUCUGCCAGGAGACGGUGUCCAGCCUGCGCCGGGUGCUGGACGCCCCUGAGCCCAAGCCCAUCUUUGGGAUCUGCCUGGGGCACCAGCUGCUCUCCCUGGCCCUUGGUGCCCGCACCUACAAGAUGAAGUACGGGAACCGCGGGCACAACCAGCCGUGCCUGCAUGAGAACACAUGCCGCUGCUUCAUCACGGCGCAGAACCACGGCUUCGCCGUGGAGGCAGACAGCCUGCCGCCUGGCUGGGCCCAACUCUUCACCAAUGCCAACGACGGCUCCAAUGAGGGCCUCGUCCAUGAGCACAAGCCUUUCUGCAGUGUCCAGUUUCACCCUGAGCACUGCGCUGGCCCCACGGACCUGGAGGGGCUCUUCGACAUCUUUGUGGAGGCGGUGCUGAUCCUGGGCUCUGGUGGCCUCUCCAUUGGGCAGGCGGGCGAGUUCGACUACUCGGGGUCACAGGCCAUCAAAGCGCUGAAGGAGGAGAACAUCCAGACGGUGCUGAUCAACCCCAACAUUGCCACGGUGCAGACUUCCAAGGGGCUGGCGGACAAGGUCUACUUCCUCCCCAUCACCCCCGAGUAUGUCACCCAGGUCAUCCGGAACGAGCGCCCCGAUGGGGUGCUGCUGACCUUUGGGGGGCAGACGGCCCUCAACUGCGGCGUGGAGCUCACCAAGGCGGGCGUGCUGGAGCGGUACCGCGUGCGGGUGCUGGGCACCCCUGUCACCUCCAUCGAGAUGACAGAGGAUCGCAAAGUCUUUGUGGAGAAGAUGGAGGAGAUCGGGGAGCAUGUGGCGCCCAGCGAGGCCGCUGCCUCCCUGGAGCAGGCACAGGCGGCGGCCGAGCGGCUGGGGUACCCGGUGCUGGUCCGCUCUGCCUAUGCCCUCGGGGGCCUGGGCUCCGGCUUUGCCAACACCCGGGAGGAACUGGCGGCACUGGUGAGCCAGGCUUUCACCCACACCUCCCAGGUCCUGGUGGACAAGUCCCUGAAGGGCUGGAAGGAGAUCGAGUACGAGGUGGUGCGGGAUGCCUACAACAACUGUGUUACGGUGUGCAACAUGGAGAACCUGGACCCGCUGGGGAUCCACACGGGUGAGUCCAUCGUGGUGGCACCCAGCCAGACCCUCAAUGACACUGAGUACUUCAUGCUGCGGCGCACGGCCGUGAAGGUGGUGCAGCACCUGGGCAUCGUGGGCGAGUGCAACAUCCAGUUUGCCCUGAACCCCGAGUCGGAGCAGUACUACAUCAUCGAGGUGAACGCCCGGCUCUCCCGCAGCUCGGCCCUGGCCAGCAAGGCCACCGGCUACCCCCUGGCCUAUGUGGCUGCCAAGCUGGCCCUGGGCAUCCCCCUGCCCCUCCUCAGGAACUCCGUCACCAACUCCACCACAGCCAACUUCGAGCCCAGCCUGGAUUACUGCGUGGUGAAGAUCCCGCGCUGGGACCUCAGCAAGUUCCUGCGCGUCAGCACCAAGAUCGGCAGCUCCAUGAAGAGCGUGGGGGAGGUCAUGGCCAUUGGGAGGAACUUCGAGGAGGCUUUCCAGAAGGCGCUGAGGAUGGUGGAUGAGAACUGCGUGGGCUUUGACCAUACUGUGAAGCCGGCCUCGGAUGUGGAGCUGGAGACACCAACGGACAAGCGGAUCUUCGUGCUGGCAGCCGCGCUGCGGGCCGGCUACUCCAUUGAGCGGCUCUACGAGCUGACCAAGAUCGACCGCUGGUUCCUGCACAAGAUGAAGAACAUCACGGACCACGCGGUGCUGCUGGAGUCGUACCGCGAGGAGCAGAGCACCAUGCCGCCCGCCGUGCUCAAGCGGGCCAAGCAGCUUGGCUUCUCCGACAAGCAGGUGGCCCUGGCUGUGCUCAGCACCGAGCUGGCCGUGCGGAAGAUGCGGCGCGACCUGAAGAUCCUGCCGGUGGUGAAGCAGAUUGACACCGUGGCGGCAGAGUGGCCAGCCCAAACCAACUACCUGUACCUGACCUACAACGGCACUGAGCAUGACCUGGCCUUCCGUGAGCCCCACGUUAUGGUCAUUGGCUCUGGCGUCUACCGCAUUGGCAGCAGCGUCGAGUUUGACUGGUGCGCUGUCGGCUGCAUCCAGGAGCUCCGCAAGAUGGGCUUCAAGACAAUCAUGGUGAACUACAAUCCCGAGACGGUGAGCACCGACUACGACAUGUGCGACCGCCUCUACUUCGAUGAGAUCUCCUUUGAGGUGGUGAUGGACAUCUACGAGCUGGAGAAUCCUGAGGGCGUGAUCCUCUCCAUGGGUGGGCAGCUGCCCAACAACAUCGCCAUGGCCCUGCACCGGCAGCAGUGCCGCAUCCUGGGCACCUCCCCGGAGGCCAUCGACUCAGCCGAGAACCGCUUCAAGUUCUCCCGCCUGCUCGACUCCAUCGGCAUCAGCCAGCCCCUCUGGAAGGAGCUCUCUGACAUGGAGUCGGCCAAACACUUCUGCUGCAAGGUGGGGUACCCCUGUGUUGUGCGCCCCUCCUACGUGCUGAGCGGCGCCGCCAUGAACGUGGCCUACUCGGACAGCGACCUGGAGAAGUUCCUGAGCAACGCUGUGGCCGUGUCCAAGGAGCAGCCCGUUGUCAUCUCCAAGUUCAUCCAGGAGGCCAAGGAGAUUGACGUGGACGCAGUGGCCUGUGAUGGUGUGGUGGUGGCCAGCGCCAUAUCGGAGCACGUGGAGAAUGCCGGGGUGCACUCGGGUGACGCCACGCUGGUGACGCCUCCCCAGGACAUCACCCCCAAGACGCUGGAGCGCAUCAAGGCCAUCGUCCACGCUGUCGGGCAGGAGCUGCAGGUCACUGGGCCCUUCAACCUGCAGCUCAUCGCCAAGGAUGACCAGCUGAAGGUGAUCGAGUGCAACGUCCGCGUCUCCCGCUCCUUUCCCUUUGUCUCCAAGACCCUGGGGGUGGACCUGGUGGCUCUGGCCAGCCAGGUGAUCAUGGGCGAGGAUGUGGAGCCCGUGGGGCUGAUGACGGGCACAGGCAUCGUCGGCGUCAAGGUGCCCCAGUUCUCCUUCUCGCGCCUGGCGGGCGCCGACGUGGUGCUGGGUGUGGAGAUGACCAGCACAGGCGAGGUGGCCUGCUUCGGGGAGAACCGCUGCGAGGCUUACCUGAAGGCCAUGCUCAGCACUGGCUUCAAGAUCCCCAAGAAGAACAUCCUGCUGACCAUCGGCAGCUACAAGAACAAGAGUGAGCUGCUGCCCACGGUACGGACCCUGGAGAGCCUCGGCUACAAGCUGUACGCCAGCCUCGGCACCGCCGACUUCUACACUGAGCACGGCAUCAAGGUGAUGGCCGUGGACUGGCACUUUGAGGAGGCGGAUGGCAGCGAGGCUGGCGCCCGGGAGACCCAGCGCAGCAUCCUGGACUACCUGGCCGAGAACCACUUCGAGAUGGUCAUCAACCUCUCGAUGCGCAACUCAGGGGGCCGCCGGCUCUCCUCCUUCGUCACCAAGGGGUACCGCACCCGGCGCCUGGCGGUCGACUACUCCGUGCCGCUCAUCAUCGACAUCAAGUGCACCAAGCUCUUUGUGGAGGCACUGGGCCAGAUCAGGGCAGCCCCCCCGCUGAAGAUGCACGUGGACUGCAUGACGUCCCAGAAACUCAUCCGCCUGCCGGGCCUGAUCGACGUCCAUGUCCACCUCCGUGAGCCAGGCGGCACCCACAAGGAGGACUUUGCAUCGGGCACGGCGGCUGCCCUGGCUGGGGGCGUCACCAUGGUGUGCGUCAUGCCCAACACCAGCCCCGCUGUCACCGACGCUGCCUCCUUUGCCCUGGUGCAGAAGCUGGCCGAGGCUGGGGCCCGCUGCGACUUCGCCCUCUUCCUGGGGGCUUCCUCAGACAACGCCGGCUCGCUGGGCCCCCUGGCUGGGGCAGCCGCUGGGCUCAAGAUGUACCUGAACGACACCUUCUCCAGCCUGCGGAUGGACGAUGUGUCGCUGUGGAUGGAGCACUUUGAGCAGUGGCCGCAGCACCUGCCUGUUGUGGCUAAUGCGGAGCGGCAGACAGUGGCCGCUGUCCUGAUGGUGGCCCAGCUGUACCAGCGCCCUGUGCACAUCUGCCACGUGGCCCGCAGGGAGGAGAUCCUCCUCAUCAAAGCAGCAAAGCAGAAGGGGAUCCCGGUGACAUGCGAAGUGGCCCCGCACCACCUCUUCCUGUGCCGGGAUGACCUGGGGCGCCUUGGGGAGGGCCGAGCGGCCGUGCGGCCGGUGUUGGGCACCCACCAGGAUGUGGAAGCACUCUGGGAGAACAUGGACACCAUCGACUGCUUUGCCACGGACCAUGCCCCCCACACGCUGGAGGAGAAGCAGGGGCAGGAGCCACCCCCCGGCUACCCUGGCCUGGAGACGAUGCUGCCGCUGCUGCUGACAGCUGUCUCUGAGGGGCGACUCACCGUGGAGGAUGUCGUCCAGCGCCUCUAUGAGAACCCCCGCAAGAUCUUUGGGCUGCCCGCGCAGGAGGACACCUACGUGGAGGUGGACCUGGAGCACGAGUGGAUCAUCCCCAGCUGCACGGCCUUCUCCAAGGCACGCUGGACACCCUUCGAGGGCAUGAAGGUGAAGGGGACAGUGCGGAGGGUGGUCCUGCGUGGGGAGGUCGCCUACAUCGAUGGGCAGGUGCUGGUGCCCCCCGGCUACGGGCAGGACGUGAAGAAAUGGCCCUCGGGAGCUGUGCUGGCGCCGCAUGCAGCCCCCGCCAAGGAGAGCACGAAGACCCCUGAGCGGCCCCAGCAUGUGGCAGCCGUGCUGCAAGUGCCAGGAGGGCUGUGCCGCGCUGGCAGCACCCUGGGAGAGCGGGGCCUGGGGUGCCACAGCUGCCCGCACCCUCUAAUGCUGCCGCUCCCCUCUCCCACCCCAGCUGAAGAUGCCCGUGAAAAGGCCGGCAGAAAGGUGGCAGAGGCAGAUCCGGCUGUGAUCCAGGACAGCUACUUCUAUCCCCUGGGCCCCCUCCCGCGCCAGGUGUCCCCCCAGGGUGCACCCCACUUCCAGACCUCCCCGCUGCUGCACCCCCUCGUUGGGCAGCACGUCCUCUCCGUCCAGCAGUUCUCCAAGGAGCAGAUGUCGCAUCUGUUCAACGUGGCGCACACCCUGCGCAUGCUGGUGCAGAAGGAGCGGAGCCUGGACAUCCUCAAGGGCAAGGUGAUGGCGUCCAUGUUCUACGAGGCGAGCACGCGGACCAGCAGCUCCUUCGCAGCGGCCAUGAGCCGGCUGGGCGGCUCUGUCCUGUCCUUCUCAGAGGCCACCUCCUCGGUGCAGAAGGGCGAGUCGCUGGCCGACUCUGUGCAGACCAUGUGCUGCUAUGCUGACGUGCUGGUGCUGCGGCACCCCCAGCCAGGCGCCGUUGAGCUGGCUGCCAAGCACUGUCGCAAGCCCGUGAUCAACGCCGGGGACGGGGUGGGGGAACACCCCACGCAGGCGCUGCUGGACAUCUUCACUAUCCGCGAGGAGCUGGGCACCGUCAACGGCAUGACGAUCACUAUGGUGGGCGACCUGAAGCACGGGCGCACGGUGCACUCCCUGGCCCGCCUGCUCACCCAGUACCGUGUCAAUCUGCGCUACGUGACCCCCCCCGGCCUCCGCAUGCCCCCUGACAUCACCAGCUUCGUAGACUCCAAGGGCAUCAAGCAGCUGCUGCGGGCAGGGAUGCUCCUGCCCCCGCUGGCCCAGGGCUCGCGGUCCUGA